AAAUGCAUUAGUUAGAAAAUUUGGGUGGUUAAAGCAAACAUGCUCUGGCUUCUUAAGAAGAUGCUCUGAGACUCUUCAAACAAAGAAGCCACGGUUCACCUACCCCGCCGAAGAGCAGAAGCCAUCGGCCAUGGAGAAAUGGUCUCUUCUCGGAUCCACUGCGCUGGUCACCGGCGGGACCAAGGGAAUCGGGCGCGGAAUUGUGGAAGAAAUGGGGGGACUCGGCGCCGCCAUCCACACCUGCUCCCGCAACCAAUCCGACCUCGACGCCUCCCUGCAGCAAUGGCGGUCCGCUGGCCUCAAGGUCACCGGAUCCACCUGCGACGUCUCCUCGCCGGCCGACCGGGAGAAGCUGAUGGAAGAAGUCAAAUCCACCUUCGACGGAAAGCUCAAUAUUCUGGUUUGUAAUGCCGGAACCGGGGUGGUGAAGCCGGCGGUGGAGCAGAUGGCGGAGGACUACAAGCUGGUGAUGAGCACCAACUUGGACUCGUCCUUCCACCUGAGCCAGCUCGCGCACCCCCUUCUCAAGGCGUCGGGCAACGGCAGCAUCGUCCUCAUCUCCUCCAUCGGCGCAUCCAUAGCCGUCGACGGCUUGUCCGUGUACUGCGCCAGCAAAGGAGCGGUCAACCAGCUCACCAGAAGCCUCGCCUGCGAGUGGCCGCGCGACAACAUCCGCACCAACUGCGUCGCGCCGGGAUCCAUCAAAACCCCCCUGCUCGUAUAUGCGAUGGAUGAUGAAUCGUUGGCGAUGAGAAGGCGUCGGAUCCCAGCUGGGAGGAUCGGGGAACCGGAGGAGGUGGCGGCGCUGGUGGCAUUCCUGUGCAUGCCUGGGGCGCGCUACAUCAACGGGCAGGUCAUCUGCGCAGACGGAGGAAGAACUAUAAACGGCAACAUUUGAUCGACUGCUACAUCAAAUGUUUCAAAUUUGUUGCUAUUAAAAGG